GUAAUUUUUUGGGUGACAAAAUGACAUUUUCUUUGGAUUUGGUAGGCUACAGAUCACGGAUUCGGCCUGAAGCUAUUCUUCAAUGAUGAUUAUGUCCAUUAAGCGCCGAUUUGGGAGGAUUUAUUCCGGGUCAAUUUUUGGCAGAUUCCAAAGGGGUACCAUCAAAGAUUUAGGGCGAUUUUUCCGAAAUGGCAUUUUCUUUCGAUUCUGGAGGCUGCAGAUCCCGGAAUCAGGCCGAGGCUAUUCUCCACCGAUAAUGAAGUAUAUUGAUCCUUUUCUCCAGGGAAGAUAAGUCCAUUAACCACCGAUUUGGGGCAAUUUAUUUUCGGAUGGAAUUUUCGUAAUUUUUUGGGCGAGGAAAGGCCAUCUUCUUUUGAUUUUGAAGGCUCCAGAUCACGGAUUAGGCUUGAGGCUAUUCUUCAACGAUGAUUAAGUCCUUUAAGCGCCGAUUUGGCCGGAUUUAUUCCGGGUUAAUUUUUGGCAGACUCCAAAGGUGUACCAUCACAGAUUUCGGGCGAUUUUCCGGAAAUAUCAUUUUCUUUCAAUUUUGGAAGCUGCGGAUCAUGGAAUUAGGCCGAGUCUAUUCUCUACCAAUAAUGAACUCUAUUGAUCCUAUUCUCCACGGAUGAUAAGUCCAUUAAGCACCAAUUUGGCCAAUUUAUUUUCGGAUGGCAUUUUCGUAAUUUUUUUUGCGACGAAAGGCCAUUUUCUUUGUAUUUGGAAGGCUACAGAUCACGGAUUAACCCUGAAGCUAUUCUUCAACGAUGAUUAUGUCCAUUAAGCGCCAAUUUUGGAAGAUUUAAUCCGGGUCAAUUUUUGGCAGAUUCCAAAGGGGUACCAUCACAGAUUUAGGGCGAUUUUUCUGAAAUGCAAUUUUCUUUCGAUUCUGGAGGCUGCAUAUCACAGAAUCAGGCCGAGACUAUUCUCCGCCGAUAAUGAAGUAUUUUGAUCCUAUUCUCCAUGGAUGAUAAGUCCAUUAAGCACCGAUUUGGGACAAUUUAUUUUCGGAUGGAAUUUUUCGUAAUUUUUUGCGCGACGAAAGGCCAUUUUAGUUGGAUUUUGAAGCUACAGAUCACGGAUUCAGCCUAAGGCUAUUUUUCAACUAUGAUUAAGUCCAUUAAGCGCCGAUUUGGGCUGAUUUAUUCCGAGUCAAUUUUUGGCAGAUUCCAAAGGAGUACCAUCACAGAUUUCGGGCGAUUUUUCCGAAAUGUCAUUUUCUUUCGAUUCUCGAGGUUGCAGAUCCUAGAAUUAGGCCGUGGCUAUUCUACACCGAUAAUGAAGUCUAUUGAUCCUAUACUCCACGGAUGAUAAGUCCAUUAAGCACCGAUUUGGGCCAAUUUAUUUUCGGAUGGCAUUUUCGUAAUUUUUUGGCCGACGAAAUGUCAUUUUCUUUGGAUUUGGUGGGCCACAGAUCACGGAUUGGACCUGAAGCUAUUCUUCAACGAUGAUUAUGUACAUUAUACGCCGAUUUGAGAGGAUUAUUUCCCUGUCAAUUUUUGGCAGAUUCCAAAGGGAUACCAUGACAGAUUUACGGCGAUUUUUCCGAAAUGCCAUUUUCUUUCGAUUCAGGAUGUUGCAAAUCACGGAUUAAGGCCGAGGCUAUUCUCCACCGAUAAUCAAGUAUAUUGAUCCUAUUCUCUACGGAAGAUAAUUCCAUUAACCACCAAUUUGGGGCACUUUAUUUUCGUAUGGAUUUUUCGUAAUUUUUUGGGCGAGGAAAGGCCAUCUUCUUUUGAUUUUUAAGGCUACAGAUCACUGAUUCGGCUUGAGGCUAUUCUUCAACGAUGAUUAAGUCCAUUAAGCUCCGAUUUGGAUGGAUUUAUUCCGGGUCAAUUUUUGGCAGACUCCAAAGGGGUACCAUCACAGAUUUAGGGCGAUUUUUGCGAAAUGUCAUUUUCUUUUAGAUUUGGAGGCUGCAGAUCACAUAAUUACGUCGAGUCUAUUCUCCACCGAUAAUGAAGUCUAUUGAUCCUAUUCUCCACGGAUGAUAAGUCCAUUAAGCACCGAUUUGGGCCAAUUUAUUUUCGUGUAGAAUUUUAGUAAUUUUUUGGGCGACGAAAGACCAUUUUCUUACGAUUUGAAGGCUACAGAUCACGGAUUCGUCCUGAAGAUAUUCUUCAACGAUAUUUAAGUCCAUUAAGCGCCGAUUUGGGCGGAUUUAUUCCGGGUCAAUUUUAGGCAGAUUCCAAAGGGGUACCAUCACAGAUUUCGGGCGAUUUUUCCGAAAUGUCAUUUUCUUUCGAUUCUGGAGGCUGCAGAUCCUAGAAUCAGGCCGUGGCUAUUCUCCACCGAUAAUGAAGUCUAUUGAUCCUAUUCUCCACGGAUGAUAAGUCCAUUAAGCACCGAUUUGGGCCAAUUUAUUUUCUGAUGCCAUUUUCGUAAUUUUUUGGGCAACGAAAUGACAUUUUCUUUGGAUUUGGUGGGCUACAGAUCACGGAUUCGGCCUGAAGCUAUUCUUCAAGGAUGAUUAUGUCCAUUAAGCGCCAAUUUGGGAGGAUUUAUUCCGGGUCAAUUUUUGGCAGAUUCCAAUGGGGAACCAUGACUAGGGAUGGCAACAAAACCCGAACCCACGGGUACCCACCCGACCCAACCCGGUCAAUGUGGUAAAACUCGUGUAGACGGGUUUUGGGCCGGGUUGGGUUUGGGUUUAGGUAAACCCUCCCCAUGGGUACCCGCCCACACAUAUAAUUACUUUCCCGGUAUAUUUAAUACUCUAAAUAAUAUAUCUUCCUUCAACAAUUAAUAUUCUUUAUGUUUGUGGAGACAUAUAUAAUUUGUUGUUUCUAAUUGUUUAGAAUGAAGUUGAUAUUAUGAAGUGGAGAGUGAAGAAACUUAGUUGACGAGUAAGAAGCUUUCAAUUAAUCUUAUUGUUUAUAGAUGUUUAUCUUUAAUUUUGAACAAUUUGUAUUGAUCAUUUGCGGUUUGCUUGUAUGCUCUAGAUUGGUGUUUUUUGUAUGAAUAAUUUGUAUAAGAAAAUUAAUGUUAGUAGAAUAUGGUGAUUCCCUCGUCUUUCUUUUUUUGGUAUGCCGCUCCGCGAGCAAGGAGCGAUAGAAGCAAGUGUUCUGUGGUGAUGUCAGAAUUUGCACCUAUUUGAAAACAAAUUCUAGUCAUUUAU